UGUGCGCGGAUUUAACUCAGAGACGCAGUUGCUGCUUUCACAUUUGCUCCUGGAUUCUACAUUGUGCGGAUCUGUUCUUCACACUGCAAACAUGGAUAUGAAAGUGAUCGUAAUAUUCGCUCUGAUGGCGGUCGUCAUUCAUGCACCGGUUUCAAAUGCCAAGCCCAUCAGCCUGGUAGAGAGAUGCUGGUGCCGUUCCACAGUCAACACAGUCCCACAAAGAAGCAUUCGUGAGCUCAAGUUCGUCCACACACCCAACUGCCCCUUCCAAGUCAUUGCCAAACUGAAGAACAACAAGGAGGUGUGCAUUAACCCAGAGACCAAAUGGCUGCAACAGUACCUGAAGAACGCCGUGAACAAAAUGAAAAAAGCUCAACAACAGCAGAGCUAAGAAGUCUGCCAGAUGACAAGAGAAUCUGACAGCCCACCGUCACAGAUAUGUACCAUAUAGUCUUCUGGCAUGCUUGCUGACCCAGCACUUAACCUGCCAAAUAUGCAUCCCCAGUAAAUGACUCGGCAAAAGACCACCAGACCAUCGUCGCCACCCAUGUAGUCUUCUCUGUUAGCGCCAAGUGCAAUUAUAUAUGUAUGACUGUGUUUUUUUUACUUUUUUUUACGUAUGAUAUGUAUAUACAAUGUUUUCUUAUAUAUCGUCUUAAGAACAGUAAAGAGAUAUUUUUGGAGUCGUGUUUGCUCCUUGUUUGUUGUGUUAUGCUGGAUUAGGCAGAACGGCAUUUAGAUAAUGAGGCAUUUUGGAGCAAACAUUCAAAACAGAAUAUGUGACUUCACAUUGGCAGGACUGAAGUUCUGACAACUCAUAUGCAUGCAAGUGCUUUGACACAAAAAGAAGGGCAUUGAUUUUUUUUAACGAUUUUGUUACGUAUUUUACUAGUUCAUUACUUAGAUAUCUGUAACAGCAUAAACUGCAUGUAAACGUUAUAUGGCAUAUAUGAUAAAAGAGUCACUUGUUUUCGUUCUUGGAAAGGCAGGGUUACUUAGCCAAACAAACAUGAACAAUUUAGACCACGUAUAACCCAAACGGUUUCUGAAUGACUUUGGGGAAUGUAAUUGGUUAUACUGGAAGGCAUUUGUGCGCCGACAGAGUGUCUUUUGCAACAUUCUGUGGAUACCAAAACAUCUGUGCUUGCAAAUGUUAAUUGACCGAUCAGAGUGUGCGUAAGGAGCUCGGCGUCACAACAAAAAUGUUUUUUCAGGCUCAGAAGAAUUAAGUAAUGAAUAGAGACAUCAGAGACAGUUGUGCGUCAGUUAUCAAAACAAAAGUAGAGGUUAGAGAAUUUACUGCAAAUACUAAUGAGCUAAUUCAUACAUUCAGUGAUGAAAACUAAAUCAUGGUAGGCAAGAUAAUCUUUAUAAUACAGCAGUGUUAGUGGAACAUCUGAGGUAGACCUUGAGGCAGAACUAAUUGACGUAAUGACUACCUAUAUAUAACAAUGCACUUUAUAACCCUUGUGACUUUUAAGGAAGGAAAAAAAACGUCCAUUACGUAGUGAAUAGUUUGGUGCCUAAUGUUUUCUUUGUUUAGACCUAGUUAUGAAUGUAUUGCCAAAUUUAUUAAACAUUUGUAUCUUCAGCAUCAUA